AUGGCGCGUAGGCAGAUCUCGCAGGAGACGUUCGACGAGUGCGUCGCCGAGAAUGUGGAGGACUUUGACAUGUCCUUAAAGGAGGCGGUGGCCGAUGCCGUGCAGCAGUUUGAGUCGCAGGGUGUUGACUUGUCCAAUAUUAUUAAGAGCGGCGCGUCACUCGGGCAGGAGUCGCUUCCUGUGCGGCUGAAGCGACUAAUCUCGGAGCUGCAGAAGCUCUUGAAGUUUGAAAGCGAGCAGGCCCACAUAUUAAGCCUUGUUGCGGAGCUGCAGAGCGUUUGUGAGGACGUUCCAGAGGCUCGAGUGGUGGCAGGACGGAACGACGCCGUGGAUACGCUUCUGGCGCUGCAAGAUUCCAACUCCGCCGCUGUAGCGGCCUCUUGCAGCAAUUUACUGGUGUUGCUGUGCGCUGAUAAUGUCGACAAUCAGGACUUUGUGGGUGCUGCAGGCAUGCAGCGACUUGUGAAACUGCUGAAGCGUCACGGGGAAGAUACAGAGACCGUGGUGCGAGUUCUUGCGCUUGUGAAAGCAGCUUGUGUCAAGCAUGAGAGCAACAAAGCGCACUUUACAAAGUCAGACGGUGUUGAGGCGCUGUGCAGACAUUUAGAGAGUGCCAAGGAUAACGAAGUGCUGUCGAAGCAACUGGCGCUGUGCUUGCGAGUACUGACUAUCAAUGACGAUCCUCGCGCGACGUUCUCGCAGGCACAGGAUACUAUCAAGGCUCUCGUAGAGCGUGGUGUGAUCCCGUAUAGCUUAGAGAUCCUACUCCUCAAGCAACUUGCAGUGACGGAGGACAACUGCCAACAGAUCGCCGAUCUAGAUGGGUUAACCGUCGUUCAGAACGUCAUGCUGACGUACGAGCAUAGCGCUCCCGUAGCCAAUCGCUGCAUUACCGUUUUUAGGAACGUGGCGGCUGCGGAUGAGUUAAAGCGUGCGAUUCUGCAGUCUGGGGGCGUCGAACGGACGUUGCUGGUCAUGCAACGUCAUGAAUCCGAUGCAUCUAUCCAACAAAAUGCAUGUGCAACGCUGGCUGCUAUUGCGCUCCGCUCUCCUGAGAACAGUCGUGUGCUAGUCGAGCUCGGGGCUAUUCGGCAAAUCGCGCGGGCCAUGCAAGCUCACCGUCGUGACGUGGCUGUACUUCGCCAAGCGAGUCUGGCGGUGCGUAACAUAGUGGCUCGCAGUGUGGAGCUGCGUUCACGCUUCCUGCACGACGAGCCAGAGAUCGAGCCAUUGCUCCGCGAGGCCCAACAGUAUCGUGGUUGCGGGGACGAAGCCUACGCAGCGCUGCGUGAUCUGGGCUGCGAUAUUCAGUUGUCCUUCUUCGGCGCUGCUGCGGCCUCUGCUGCUGCGUCGGGGUCCGUCAAAGCAUCUACAAUUAAGCCACACUUUAAUCCGGUUCAAGCUCCAUCAAAUCAGUUGCUCGAGAGCGUAGAGGAAGCUGCUGAGGCGCCGUUCGCCCAGUAA